AUGGACGAGGUGCGAUACGAUCGUCAACUUCGACUUUGGGGUGAAGAAGGUCAAAGCUCCAUUGCACGAACAUCAGUAUGCGUCCUAGGCUCCUCUGCGUUAGGUACGGAGAUCUUGAAAAAUCUUGUUUUGGCUGGUGUUCACUCUGUUUGUGUUGUCGAUAGUGCCUUUGUACAGACACCAGAUCUUGGACAGAAUUUCUUUUUAAAAGAAUCGGAUAUUGGUCGGGCAAGGGCUGAUGCUACGAUUGAAUAUUUGAAGGAACUGAAUCCGUCUGUUAUGGGAGAUUCACUGCUUUUAUCUCCUCUUAAUUUAUCAGACGAGGAUUUAACGUUGUUGUUGCAAUUCCAUGUUAUUGUUGGAACAAAUCUAUCGGAAGAAGUGGCGGCGAAAAUUUCAGCUUUUUUGUUUCCCCGAGGUGUACCUUUUAUAUCGGCAAGAGCUUACGGUCUCCUCGGUUACAUUCGUAUCUUUGUUCAAGAACACACCAUAGCGAAUAACCAUGAAGAGAACGGGCUUCCCGACUUACGCAUUGAUAAGCCAUUUCCCAAGCUGUUAGAAAUGGCUGCAAACACGGAUCUGAACUCGAUGACACUUGAAGAACUACGGCACACACCUUACAUAUUACUGUAUCUAAUAGCCCUACAAUAUUAUCGAAAAGAAAUUGGAGAUGACCAAGCAUUUCCUGAUAAUUACACAAAGAGGAAACAUUUCCUCGAAAUUCUUCUGAAAAUGCGACGAGAAGGCGAGUCUGGAUCGUUGGAUGCAGAGAAUUUCCUUGAGGCUAAGACGGCUCUAGCAAGAUCUCUUCAAAAGACGGAGGUCCCACGCCAUGUGGCAGAGAUUCUUGCUGAUCCCAAUGUCGAAGACACGUCACGUUGUGUGCAGCCGUUCUGGCUGAUUUGUGCCGGACUAAAACGUUUUGUGAAUGAACAUGGUGUGCUGCCUCUUAGUGGAGUGUUACCGGAUAUGACGAGUGACAGUAAGAGGUAUUCUCAUCUAGCUUCAAUUUUCCACGAAAAAGCUCUUUCUGAUGCGGCGGAGGUUUACGAACACACAAGAAGAAUAGAACAAGAAAGAGGAAGUGCAGCGACAAUCACCGAAGAUCUUUGCUAUAGAUUCUGCAAAAAUGCACGUGGAAUCCGAUUACAACGCGGUAGUGAGAAAGAUUCAGUGGUAAUGUUCCAGGAAUUGCUCAAUAAUAUAUCAUCAGUGGAAGAAGAAAAUGUAUCUGCCGCAGUGUGGUUCCUUUUGCUUCGCGCUGCGGAUAAGUUCUGCCGUGAAAAAGGAAGGUAUCCUGGCACAAAUGGCGUUCCAUGCACUAUCGAUUCACUUGAUCUAAAGCAACGCGUUGUUUCUAUAAUUUCAUCUUCACAUGUUGAUAAUCCAGAAGCUGUGAUGGCUCGAGUUCCACCAAGUGCUAUAGCUGAAAUCUGUCGAUACGGAGCCGGCGAGCUCCACGUUGUUGCCAGCUUAAUUGGAGGAAUUGUUGCUCAAGAAGUGAUUAAGUUGGCUACAAAUCAAUAUGUACCUCUCGAUAACACUUUCAUCUACGACGGACACACACAACAAAGCUCAGUGUUUAGAAUGUGA